UUCAUACUACACGGAAAUAUAAAAGAAGUACUAUCUCUGAGAGUAUCAGACGCAGAAAAAGCUUUUAUUUACGUACAGCUGACGCUUAUUUGUUGCACCGGUGGUCUCAAUGUUCGUACUGAUGCCUGCCGGCUAGGAUUCACGGUUGACCCUUCAGAGAGAAGGAACUUAUGAAGGAAGUGAAUGAAAAAGACCAACUCUAGAUCAAAGCUCAGCGGACAGCUUGUCUACAAGUGAGGAUUUCAAAUGGAGUCGGCGGUUUCUCGAAUUCUUCGGACGUCAGCGCCUCUGACCGGCUUCACCGCUGCCCUGGAGGACGUGACAGGAACGAACGCGACUCUCGCAGAAACCAAUGCUUCCUGUGGAUUUUCAAAGAUCCCCUCUCACCCUGUUUUCAUCUUUGCAUACUCGCUAGUGUUUCUCGUCAGUCUGGUGCUCAACUGCGUCACGAUGCGGGUGUAUUUCUGUUCCAGUCAGCGUGUCCAGUCCAGCGUCACGGUCUACAUGAAGAACCUGGCCGCAUCUGACUUCUUCCUUUGCCUUUGUUUGCCUUUGCGCAUUGCUAACUAUGCCAACAGUUCAGAUUUAACGCGCAAUAUUUACUGCAGCUUUGGAGCGUCAGCAUUUUAUCUGAACAUGUACGCGAGCAUCCUCUUCAUGGAUUUCAUCGCCGCAAACAGGUACCUGAAAAUCGUCCGGCCUUUGGAGACUCAUGCUCUGCAGACGGUUCGUACCGCUCAACACAUUUCUAUAGGAACCUGGCUUUCCCUGUUAGCCAUGUCAUCUGUCUACUUGAUCCUCUUUCUCCUGACCUCUUGGGGUCACGUUCACAAGCCUGAGAAAAGCGGCUGCGAGGCCUUACACAGUCCCCAGCUCAGUCUGGUCUACAAAAUCACUCACAGCGUGUCUAUGGUGCUCUUCACGUUCGUGCUGGUGUCUCUGAUUGCUUUGUAUUGGGGGACUUUGCGAAAGAUCAAACAAGCUCAGUUGUCCACCCAGAGCGCAUCCAGAAGCCAUAAAUUCAAGAAAUCGAAACGUAACAUGUUGGUGCUCGUGGCGGUUUUUUGCGUGUGCUUUGUGCCUUACCAUUUGGUUAGGCUGCCUUACGCGUUCAUCAAACCUCAGACGAAACUCUGCACGGCACAGGCCUUCUACGUCCUGAAGGAGCUCACUGUCCUGCUAUCGGUGCUCAACGCUUGUCUGGAUCCACUUAUAUACUUUAUCUUCUGCAAGGCCUUCAGAUCCCAGCUGGGCCUCAGGAGGAUGUCGGAUUCGAUGAGAGACAGCGACGAUAGAAUCCAGCAAAGACGAAUGAGCAACAUGUUGAGCUACAUUGAAACUAAGAUAACCACGUUACGACGAGAAAGUGUCAUUUAACACAGAAAUCCUCUAGUAGGAUGACAAACUAUGCAACGCAGAUGAAAGCCUGUUAAAUCCCAUUAAAAUGAUUAUGGAUGCUGUUUUAGAUGUACAUGUAUAAGCAAUCGCAGAUCAUGUGAAACUGAAAACUGGAGUAACCAUGCAGAAAAAUCAGCUUUGCAUAACAGGAACCAUUAACGUAAAAAUGUGUAUUUUGUAUAUUUGUAUAAAUGUACUGUAUAUUUUAUAUACCUCUUAAUAUUACU